AUGGCCAACCAGAACCAGGAGUUCGUCCACAUCGACGACCGCACGGCGGCCGACAUGCGGCGCAAGGGCUUUGACCCGCACGAGAUGGAGCAGAGCACGCAGAUGAUCCUCUACUACCUCUACACCUCGCUCCCCGCCCCGCCCGUCUCGGCUGCCUCCCGCCUCUCCGCCCUCCGCGCCCCCUCCGAUGUCGUCGACCGCAUCAGCCAGCUCCCCUUCGCGCUCCUCCGCGACAUCGUCUCCCGCCUCCCCGUCAAGGACGCCAUGCGCACCGCCGCGAUCUCCCGCCGCUGGCGCCCCGUCUGGCGCUGCUCGCCGCUCGUCUUCGCCGACGCCCACCUCAUCCCCGGCGCCAUCGAGGGCCGCCGCCAGCCCGUGCGCGCCGACACCCCGGGCCUCGUCCCGGCGGUCACCCGCGUCCUCGCCGCGCACCCGGGCCCCUUCCGCUCCGUCCACCUCGUAUGCGGUUACAUGGACGCGCACCAACGGCAGCUCGCGCGCUGGAUCCAGACUCUCAUCGACAAGGGCGUCAGCGAGCUUGUCCUCGUCAACCGCCCGUGGCCGCUCGAGGUGCCGCUCCCGGCCGCGCUCUUCGGCAUCUCCACCCUCACCCGCCUCUACCUCGGCAUCUGGAAGUUCCCGGACACGUCCGGCCUCCGGCGCGGCGCCGGCGCCGAAGCCACGUUUCCGCACCUCCGCGACCUCGUCCUCAGCGCCGUCCUCAUCGAGAACCGCGACCUGGACUUCGUCCUCGCCGGGAGCCCCGCCCUGGAGACGCUGGGCAUACAGGGGAACAAGAACGGGGUUCGCCUCCGCCUUGUCGGCCAGCACAUCCGGUGUGUGCAAAUCUGCAUGUGCUAUGUGGAGAGUAUCGCCGUGGUGGACACCCCAAACCUCGAGCGACUCUUAGUGUGGGGAUCCAUGACGCGCGGGGGCUCUUGCAUCAGGGUCAAGAUCGGCAAUGCUCCCAAGCUGAGCUUACUGGGAUACUUGGAGCCUGGAAUUCACAUGCUGGAGAUCCGCAACACUGUCAUCACUGCUGGUGUAAGGGCAAGCCCAAGCACCAUGGCCCCUAGCGUGAAGAUCCUGGGCUUACAUGUGCGUUUUGGAGUCCGCAAUGAUGUCAAGAUGUUGCCCAUCUUCCUCAAAUGCUUUCCCAAUGUUGAGACGCUGCACAUUAUGUCUGCAAAAACUGAUGAAGUCACUGGCAAGCUCAACCUCAAGUUCUGGCAGGAGGUUGGUCACAUUGAGAGCAUCAGGUCUUGCAUCAAGGCGAUGACUUUCCGUGAGUUCCAAGGUGUGCGAAGUGAGGUUGCUUUCCUCAAGUUUGUCUUCCAGAGUGCCCAGGCUCUGAAGAAAGCAGUAAUUGUAUCAGCCAAAGGAAGUUUCACAUCCAUUGGUGAGGCGAUUUCCAAAGUGCGUAGUCUGACUCCUGAUAAUUGGGCUAGUAACUGUUCAGUGUUUGUCUACGAGGGUUCAGGUCCUGAAGGGGGUGGGCUUUGGAACUUCAGAAAAGGGUGUGAUUUUUCUGUUAGUGAUCCUUUUGCAUACCACUGA